CAUUUCUUUCCACUCUUGUUUCAAGGGAUUGCGCAGUUCGUUUUAAUCGUCUGAUACUUUGAAGUGUGUGUUUGAAACGAGACAAAUUUAUAGAAAUGGGAGCAGCGGCAGGGAAGAUAAAGGAAGCUUGUCGCGAAGGCAAAGCUGGACCUGAAGCGGAAACGGCGGAUUUGGCGCUGAUUGGACUGGCUGUCAUGGGGCAGAACUUGAUCAUGAACAUGAACGACAACAAGUUCGUGGUCUGCGCCUUUAAUCGCACUGUGGAGAAAGUGGAGCGUUUCUUGGAGAACGAGGCGAAGGAUUCGAAUGUUAUCGGAGCUACUAGCUUGAAGGACAUGGUGACCAAGUUGAAGAAGCCGAGAAAGGUCAUGAUGCUCGUCAAAGCUGGAAGCGCAGUGGACGACUUCAUUGAAGAACUCAUCCCGUUGCUGGACUCGGGCGACGUGAUUAUCGACGGUGGCAACUCGGACUACCAUGACUCGAUCCGUCGAUCCAAAUAUCUGGAGGAGAAAGGCUUGCUUUUCGUUGGCACUGGUGUGUCCGGAGGUGAAGAAGGUGCUCGCUAUGGACCCUCAUUGAUGCCCGGCGGGAACCCGAAGGCGUGGCCACUGAUCAAAGACAUUUUCCAGGUGAAAAUCCGAUGGUGGAUGAGGAGAACUAUAAGUAAAAAGAAAAAUGUUCCCUUCCCGUUUUGCUUAUUGCUGCUGCUGAUCUUGCUGCACUCUCUAAAUUGCGGCGUACGAAAAAAGGGCGGGGGCGCCACCGCCGCCGCUUACGGGGCUUUCGAUCGCGAAGCUUUGCCACCGCCACUUGAAACCCUUAGGACGGAAAAAUCGCUGUCGGGAAAGUGGUGGGUGUUCGAACUAAUCACUGGCAUUUUUGUUUGGCUGCAGGGCAUUGCGGCUAAAGCCGAUGGCGAGCCCUGCUGCGACUGGGUCGGUGAGGACGGAGCCGGUCAUUUCGUGAAAAUGGUCCACAACGGGAUUGAAUAUGGAGAUAUGCAGUUGAUCUGUGAAGCGUACCAUCUCAUGAGGGACGGCAUGGGGAUGAAUAAUGACGAAAUGAGCGAGGUCCUCACUGACUGGAACAAGAGUGAGUUGGAUUCGUUCCUCAUCGAAAUCACUGCCAACAUCCUCAAUUACAAGGAUGCAUCAGGCGAGUAUCUGGUUGAGAAGAUUCGUGACACAGCGGGUCAAAAAGGUACUGGCAAAUGGACCGCAAUUUCGUCCCUUGAGCUCGGAACUCCAGUCACAUUGAUCGGCGAGUCGGUGUUCGCUCGCUGUUUGUCUUCUCUGAAGGACGAUCGCCAACUUGCGUCCAAGAUUCUUGAAGGACCGACUCAGGAAUUCACUGGAAACCGGGAUGAGUUCGUUGAGCAUAUCAGAAAGGCUAGUGCGCUGUAUGCAAGCAAGAUUGUGUCCUAUGCGCAAGGCUUCAUGCUGUUGCGUGAAGCUGCUAAGGAGUACAACUGGAAUCUGAACUAUGGCGGGAUUGCGCUCAUGUGGCGUGGAGGAUGCAUUAUUCGAAGCGUCUUUCUGGGGAACAUCAAAACGGCUUUCGAUAAGGAUCCUACUCUCACCAACUUACUUCUGGAUGACUUCUUCAAAACUGCGAUCCACUCAUGCCAAGAGUCGUGGCGAGAGGUCGUUGCUUCUGCCGUGAAGUUGGGAGUUCCUGUGCCAGCUUUCUCUGCUGCUUUGUCGUUUUAUGAUGGAUUCCGCCGCGAGAAAUUGCCUGCCAACUUGAUCCAGGCUCAGCGGGACUACUUCGGCGCGCACACUUAUGAGUUGCUUUCGGAGCCUGGCAAGUUUGUGCACACCAAUUGGACUGGCAAGGGAGGUGAAAUUUCAUCAACGGCGUACAAUGCGUAGAGGAGCUGAGUAUCAAAACUAUUCUUCCUCCUUCUCUGAUGGGUCACGAAUGAUUUGAAUUGGAACUGAAUGAUUCUGAAACUGAUAUUCACGUGAUUCUGCGUAAGUGGUUGCACAAUCGGGAUUCAAUACGAAAAGCUUUUGAAUGUGUUAUUGAAGAGCAAUUGGCUUUGUCUGGAUAGAUUUUAUUUAUUUUUAAUGUCUUUGUGGCUCUGUUUCCUAGCGGGUGGCGAUGAAUAUUUGGAAAUAGAAAUAGUUCUUGUCAUUUAA